UGGACUUUGUUUUUGGUGUUAUCGUUAAAAUAACCAUUAUAAUAUAUAAUGAUCAAAAGCAGUAUUUCAAUUGAAAUAUUUAAAAGAAAGCAAAGCGUGACUAACACCAAAGCGACAUUUCGCGCUUUUUAUUAUUUAUUUUUAGAUAUUUUGGCGCCAAUGUCAUAAAUUGAAGAAAAAAAAUCAAAAUGACUACACGGAAAAACGCGAGUGGUAGAGAGUACAAAAAAGGAGACGGCAUUAGUUCGGAUUUAAGAAAGCUGAUUGUCCAAGAAACAUUGCAUCUUGGAGGGAAUGUUUUGACCGGAGAAAUUCCUAGAGGAGUUUUUACCAAAGUUGCGGAAAAGUAUAAAGUUAAUCGCCAGACUGUAACAAAUUUCUGGAGGCAAUAUGUGUCAGAUGGCGUUCUGUCGGAAAAAACACGGAAUACAUUGGGAAGACCAAAGCUUAAUACAACCGAUAUUGAGAUGAUACAUUUUAAAAAAAAAGAUAGACCAUCUAUAACCGGGACAGAACUGAAACAAAAAUUGAUUGAAUAUUCCCCCGUCUCGGGAAAAGUUGAUACUUCUACUAUAUACAGAACUAUGUCAAAAAAAUUGGAUCUUACAUAUAAACGGAUUACACGCCCAUCCUGUGACAGGUUUUCGCAACAUAAUAUGGUUUACACACAAGCCUAUAUGGAUUUUUGCAAAACGGUACGGCCCUGUCAAGUGAAAUUUAUGGACGAGAGUGGGUUCAAAAUAACCACCACUAACUCUAAUUAUGGUCAUUCUAAAAAGGGUGUUGCAUGUGUUGAAAUAGGCAAAUUUCACCCAGGUCGUAAUUUAACUUUAAACCUAGUUGUAGGUUUGAAUGGUGUUAUAUAUUACAAUUUCGUGGAUGGACCUUCUAACAUGAACACGUACUUGAACUUCUGGAAUGAAGCAAGUUUAUCUCAGGACCGACUUGGUCGAUCGGCUUUUUUACCGGGCGAUGUAGUAGUUGUGGAUAAUUGUGCAAUACACCAUAACAACGCAGAGAUAGCCCUUUCACAGUUUUUCCAAAUGCAGGGUGUCGGCUAUACAUUCUUGCCUGUAUAUUCACCGGAUCUAAAUCCAGUUGAAAAUUGUUUUGCGAAAAUUAAAUCUUUAAUGACCCAAGAACGAUUCCGGGAACUUGCGAGUGUGAACUUAAAACUCUCUAUCAUACGUGCCAUAGAGGAAAUCACUCCCACCGACAUGAAAGGCUUUUACCGACACACCGGCUGUGUCAACGUUUGAACACUGAACAGGCUCCGCCCACAUACUUCGCAGUAUAGAUUGACAGGUAAACGAGUUACAAAUUGAACCAAUCAGCAUCGUUGAACGUUAGUUCCGUAGGUCCUUUCGCUAAACUUCAAUGCAGUUC